AUGUUGCACUUGCUUAAUGGUGAGGAUGCUCAGACGCACCUUACGAAACGGCAAAAUGCAACACAGCAGCCUCUCACGGGCGGGGAUAGAGCGGGGUUUAUUGCUAUGGGGGUGGUCGCCCUCUGUUCUUUUAUUGCAUCGUUCUGUUUGUUAAGUUUCCUUACCUACCGUUUCAUCUUUUGGAAACGUUACUAUAAACGUCCCCUCGCCGCCAACCAAUACGUCGUGUUGAUUUACAAUCUUCUUCUGAUUGAUAUCCAACAAGCAACUGCCUUCGUGCUAUGCCUCUACUGGGUUUCGCGUGGUCAUGUCGACUAUCCAAGUGCGGCCUGCGUCCUGCAAGGUUGGUGGAUUCAGAUUGGUGAUCCUGGAAGUGGGUUGUUUAUCAUGGCAAUUGCGAUGCACACCGGUGCCGUCGUACUCAGAGGACGGCAACUUCCACACCGGACCUUUGUGUGUUGUGUUAUAGGACUAUGGGCCUUCAUUAUCGUGCUAGGAUUAAUCCCUGUGGGGUUAUUUGGUUCCAAGACUUUCGUAAUCUCCGAGGCCGGUUGGGUAAGUUGUAAUUCCCAACAAAAGCAGGGACAGAGGGAAUACGUACUUACAUUCUUAAUUUUCCAGUGCUGGCUUGGCCCCGAACACGAGACGGAACGUCUCUGGGUUCAUUAUCUAUGGAUCUUUCUUGCCGAAUUUGGAACAGUCGUCUUCUACGGCAUGCUAUUCUUCCACCUACGACGUCGUAUGAAGCAGGCAGCAAUGCUCCGUCAAGGACACCAAGAAAGUCUGAAACGACUAAACCGUGUCGUCAUCUACAUGGUUAUUUACCCGAUUGUAUACCUGGUCUUAUCCCUUCCACUGGCAGCAGGCCGUAUGUCAACAGCCAGACACAUCGUUCAGAGCAGAGGGUACUUCGCCGUGGCUGGGUCCCUAAUGGCGUUGUCAGGCCUGGUAGACGUUGUAGUGUACACGUUGACCCGGCGGCACUUGCUGCUUGAUACGGAGAUCAGCACAUCGGAUAAGAUGUACGCUUACUCCAACUCGAACGCAUACCAGACACACAUCACAACUACCACAAGAGAGAACAAGAAGCCGCGUAUGGGGUCUCGGCUACGCCGUGGUCUACAGACAAUAAACGACACGAUAAAUGAUGGGGACUCCACUGAAGACCUGCGCAAGGAUGGCGACAUGGAAAUGGCCGAUCUGGGCCACGGAGUGUACCAGGAGACUACGAUCGAGAUCUCGCACGAGCCAGCGGACCCGGACGAAUUUCACGGAAAUAAACGGAAUAGUGGAUGA